CUGAGAAAAUUGACCCAGAGGGACUAGAUCAAGGGAGGGGGAAAAUGGAGGUGGGCUGCCAGGCCGGGAAGGGGGCUGGGAAAGCAAAUUAUAGGCCAGGUCCAAGCUUUUUCCUCGGGAGGUGGGGGUGCGUGUCCAUAUAAGGCGAACCUGCGACCCCCGCUCUUGCGGGGCGCGGGCAGGGGCUCCGCAUCCCUAGGACCGCACCCAUGGAUGCGAACGUUGCUUUCUCAGGCUUCCCGGCCCUGCCCUCGGUCUCGCCGUCGGGGCCGCAGCCGUCGCCGAUGGCAGGAGCCGAACCGGGGCGCGAGCCCGAGGAGGUGGCAGGCGGCGGGGACGCGGAGCCCACAGAAGCUCCGGGCCCAGGGAGGCGGCGGCGGCGGCCGCUGCAGCGCGGGAAGCCGCCCUACUCGUACAUCGCCCUCAUCGCCAUGGCCCUGGCGCACGCCCCGGGUCGCCGCCUCACGCUGGCCGCCAUCUACCGCUUCAUCACCGAGCGCUUCGCCUUCUACCGCGACAGCCCGCGCAAGUGGCAGAACAGCAUCCGCCACAACCUCACCCUCAACGACUGCUUCGUCAAGGUGCCGCGCGAGCCGGGCAACCCGGGCAAGGGCAACUACUGGACGCUCGACCCCGCGGCCGCCGACAUGUUCGACAACGGCAGCUUCCUGCGGCGCCGCAAGCGCUUCAAGCGCUCCGAGCUGCCCGCGCCGCCGCCGCCGCCCUUCCCCUACGCGCCCUUCCCGCCCGCGCCCGCGCCCGCGCCGCCCGCGCGCCUCUUCCGCCUGGACGGCCUGCUGGCUCUGCAGCCGGAGCCUGCGGGGCCCGGGGCGCCCGAGCCGCCCUGCUGCGCCGCGCCCGACGCCGCCUUCCCGCCCUGCGCCGCCGCCGCCGCCUCGCCGCCGCUCUACUCGCCCGCCCCCGAGCGCCUGGCGCUGCCCCCGCCGCUGCCCGCCGAACCCCUCCUGGCCUUGGCGGGUCCCGCCGGCGCCCUCGGGCCGCUCAGCCCCGGGGAAGCCUACCUGAGACAGCCGGGCUUCGCGCCGGGCCUGGAGCGCUACCUGUGAGCGUCCGUCCGGGCGCUGCGGGAGCCCCUGGACGAGCCGCCGCCGGCGCCGGGGCGGAGCGAGCAGGUCUCCGGGGCCAGCGCGCAGCGCGGCGGGACGGCCGCCGCCGAGUGCCCCCCUAGCCUUGCCUCGGGCUCAGCCCUGCCCUCCUCCAUCCCCGGGGAAGGCUCUGACCGUCUCACCACCGGACUGAAGCGCCCUCUCCGACUUGAGGCCUCCAUUCCUCCCUCUGCUUGUGCACCCCACCUCACAGUGCCAAGUCUCCUGCUGGACCGUCACCAGUGGGGGCUCGAGCCCCAAGAGCCCUAGCGAGUUCCAGUCUGUGGAAGCUUUGGUUCCAAGCCGCCUCUUCCUCCUCUGAGGUUUGGCUAACCCGCCAGAGGUCAGAC